AGCUCCGUAAAUUAAAUUGCCAGCCAGAUCUAUUUAUUGUAUCGCGACGUAUCCCGGUCAAGUCGUACCUAUCUCAAUUGAUCUCAUCCUUCCAAAGAUCCCGGACAUCUCACGAUCCUCGGAACACUCGCCAACGCGAAUAACGCCUCGAAAGCAACGCGCUCGUGAGCGCUGAAGAGGUAUUGGAGAAGUUCCCUAUCCAAACCUCCAAGGGAGAGCAGAGAAAGCCAAAAUGCCGAAAUUCUUCUGUAGGUCCUUCCAUCAUCAAGCCGCAAACGUCAAGCAUUCAGCAGCGCGAAGUGCCCUGUUAGCAAAGAAGAUAUCGAGCUGAAAUACUGACCGGAUUGACUGUCUCAGGCGAUUAUUGUGAUGUCUACUUGACGCACGACUCGAUGAGCGUGCGCAAGGCGCAUAAUUCGGGAAGAAACCAUCUGAGAAACGUGGUGGAAUACUAUCAACAAAUUGGACAUGAAAAGGCACAGUCGGUUAUUGAUUCUAUCACAAGCUCAUAUGCUGCGGAGGGUCAGGUGAAUCCCAUGUUGCAACAAGGCGCACCGGGAGCAUACCCUCCCCCUCCUCCGUUUGGCUUUCCAGGUCGACCAGGCCAGCUACCGCCACCACCUUUCGGCAUGCCUGGCGGACCUGGUAUUCCGCCGCCCGGCAUGGUACCUCCUCCUGGAGGUCGUGGCCUUCCUUUCCCUCCACCGUUCCCUCCUUCAGCAACAGGAACACCACCAACCGGUGGUUUCCCACCCCCAUUGCCCAACAUGCCAGGUGGUCUUCCUUUCCCUCCACCACCAGGAGGUCUGCCUCCUAACUUCCAAGUCCCUCCACCCGGUGCCCCUGGCGCCCCAGGCUUUCCACCUGUUCCUUCGAUUCCCGGACAGGCAGGACCAAGUCCGAGUCCCGGCCCUGGUGCAGCUGGAUCGCCUCCCCCAGGCCCGGCAGGCUACGCAGCGCCUCCUGGUGGUGCACCACCGGGCCUUCCGGGUCCGCCUCCCGGUCUGGGAGAUAAGCGAUGAUAAGUUCUAUAUGGCAUAAAAAACUUUUCUUUUUUCUCUAUGUUUGGUCUGGUCUGUCUGAUACCGAGUUUCACAUUGUGUUUUUUCUUACAAUUUUCGGCAUGUAAUGCCCUAUGUCUUCUUUAAAUGAGACUCGCGAAAUAUCGCUUCUAGCAAAAAUAAACCCUGGCAGC